CCCAGAUGUAAGAUGGCCGCCACCACCCGGCAGCCGCCGCCCCGGAGGUUACUCUAGGGCCUGCAGGUCCUGCCCGUUCCCGCGGACCGCCGUCGCCUCCUUACCAUGAAGCCAGUGAGUCGCCGCGCCCUGGAUUGGAUUUACUCAGUGUUGCUCCUAGCGAUCGUAUUACUCUCCUGGGGGUAUGUCAUCUACGCAUCAACAGUAGCGGCUAGACGACUGCUAAGGAAGAAAUACCCAGACAAAAUCUUCGGGAAUGAAUGAAAAUUUGUAAUUCCUCUUAUUUUAUUCUAUGUAAAUACUUCUUUACCCCAUGUUUACCUGACACAUGUCUAAAUUUAAAGUAAAAUACAUAAUACAAGGGCUCCAAA